CAAAAGAAUAAAAUGGCUGCGAUUGGCUAGUUUAAUCUAAUGAUGCAUAAUCCGAUACGAGCUACGCGGUUGGUGGAAAAUGACUAGGAACCACGUGAUAUUAGAAGAAAAUAGAAAACCCUAUCAGAUAUGCGAUACAUGUGAUUUUCAAGUAAACAAUUUAUGUAUGAUGAAUUUUGAUAGAAUUCAUGAAUUUUUAUAAAAUAUAACGCGCAAAUGGAUUUACAAUACAGAACAAUUCAUCCUGUAAAAUAUUUACAAGAUUAUCUUAAACAGGGCAUUCGACCAGAUGGUAGAAAAUUCUUAUCAUUUAGACCAGUGAGUGUAAAUGUUUCAUCAAUUGUCCAAGCAGAUAGUUCAGCGAUAUUUAAAUUGGGUGACACAACUGCAGUUUGUGGUAUUAAAGCUGAAUUAGCGACACCAAAAGCAGAUUUUUCAGAUCAUGGUUCCAUAAUACCAAAUGUAGAACUAUCUCCUCUGUGUUCUUCAAAGUUUCGUCCGGGCCCACCAAGUGAACAAGCACAAGUGCUUUCUAAAUCAAUAGAUAUUAUAUUAAGCAAUUCAAAAGCACUUGAUUUAAAAGAUCUUUGCAUAUGCAAAAAUAAAUUAGUAUGGGUCUUGUACUGUGAUAUCUCGUGUUUAAAUUACAAUGGCUCGGUUGUUGACGCUUGUAUUGGAGCAGUAAUUGCAGCUCUUAAAACAUUGACUUUACCUGAAGUAAACUACAACAAGGAAACAGGAGUAAUUGUUGUACAUCCAGAAAAUAGAAAGGCAUUUACUGUAAGAACACUUCCAGUUUCUGCAUCAUUUGCAAUAUUCGAGAAACAACUGUUGCUAGCUGAUCCUUCAGAUGAUGAGGAAGAUUUGUCAUCAGCAAGAUUUUCUAUUGUGAUGGAUGAUGAAGAGGAAAUAUGUUAUAUAUAUAAACCUGGUGGAAUUGCUAUCUCUCAAAAUUUAUUUUGCAAAGGAUUAGAAAUGACAAAAGUAAGAGCAAAGUCAAUCAGAUCAGUGAUUAAUGCUGCAAUCUCGACUCUAAACGAGAAUAUAGAAGAUUAAAUUACUUAAAUAAAAAACUAACUUUUUUUUACUGUGUGUGU